CUUGGGUCGAGUCGGCUCACUCGCUCAUUCAUUCCGUAUUCGCAAACCGUGUCGCACACUGCCUCUUGUGCCGGUGUAAUUUUUAAUUCCUGGUUGGAUAAGAUUGUGUUUUAUUAGUCACAGUAUCUUCCAUUAUGUUGAAAGAAAAGUCUAGGUUAGAGAACCGACAUUCGUCUGAAGAACAAGGUCGACCUUUAGCGAAUAGCAGAUUACCAGGCAUUGAAGAGCUCACCCUUGGCCUAAAACAAAAACUUCAUCUACAAGCUCGUGCUAGAGCUGCUCCGUACUACAUAAGAAAGCAAGAACCAGUGGAUCUUGUCGAACGGCUGAUAGAACAACGUGCCCUUGUCGCCGAGGCCGUAAGGAGGCUUCAAGAAAAGAAACAAACGUGUCAUGAGAUAUCAGUAGAUUCGUAAUAUUGUAAUUUAUAAACAAAACAUUUUAGUUGUGAAAGUGUGGAACGUGUUGUGAAAUCGCUUGUGUGUAAGAAACGUGUCGGGUUACAAUGGUGCUAUAUGCAGAGAACGUGCGGGAAAGAGAUGGCCAGCUAUGACGUGUCACACACGACACGAGUCACGAGAACGAACCAAAAUGGCCGCGCAUACUCUACAAUCAUAAUAUUUAUUCUUCGUUUUAUAGUGACCUUAACUGAUCAAAGUACUGAAUGACGUAAUUAGCAUUUAGAAUUGUUAUGGAUCUAAAUUACAUUUCUAUAAUACUUACCUCAAUCUCGUGACGAUGUCACUGAGAUAUUUCCAUCGUAUAUUUUAACGUUAUUAUUAUAUUGACCAUUUCGUAAUAUGAAGUAUUCAAGAGCUUUAACUAUUGAUUAUCGUCAUUUAUAGCUUUCGAUAUAGAUGUUUACACCGUUUGGUUUGAACUAUACUAGUUGUUUAUAAAUAACACAGCACUACAACUUUAAUAAACAUUGUUAUCUAAUGGAUUUCCUUAUAACUGUUUACUAUUAACUAGGACAUAUUAUCUGUAAUUAUGAGUCAUUUUCAUUAAUACUACAUAUUAAGUGUAUUUAAAAUUAACUUUCUAAAAGUGAUUGUAGAGAAUAACAGUAAAUUCCUUUUUUCCGAUAGUAUUAUAUAAAUUACAGUUACUUCAUCGCAUGUGUGCGUAUGUAGGUUAUGGAAAAUCCAUUCAAGUCGCAAAUGUGUGGUGUUUUUCGUUGCAACUGACAACGUGCUUAUACUUAGGCAAUUUUAGGCAAUAUUAAUUUAAAGGUAAUUGUAUCCUUCGUAAUAUAUAAGUAGCAAUUAUGUACAAUAAUUGUACCGUUAUCGGGUAUAAAAAUCAUAUUAAAUGUGUGCAUGUUUUAGUGCAUUUUGUGAUUUUUAGAUAGUUUAAUUUAUCGUCGAUCUUGUGAUUUAGAUAAUAAUUAAUGAAUAAAUGGAAAUAAUUUCAAAAAGAAAUAAGUUUUUUUACAUUUGACCCAACCUGCUGACCAAGAAUAAUAUUUUAUUUUAACUAUAAAAACUGGCUCAAUGAUAGAGUGCUAUUUGUUGUAUAUAUCUAUAAUAUAGUAAAGUAAGCUUGAUCAAAAUAGUUCAUCAACGAACCAUAUUUAGUAUCUAAAAAACUUCUAUUAUUAAUUCAUUUUUAAAACAUGUAUACAAACAAUUUAAUCAGAAAUUGAUAUACAUAUUUUUAAGUUAAAUUAUAUUCUUGUUUCGCAUUUAAAUAAUUUACAUACUAUUACUAAAUAUGAUGUAAAUAUGUUUCACGUUUCAUGAUAGCUACCUACUCAAAUAUACAUAUUCACGCAUAGAAAUAUACUUCCCUUUUUUUCAAAAUUACAUUUUGUAGGUAUAAAAUAGAAGAAGGUGUACUAUAAUAUAUUGUAUAUGAUGCAUUAUGAAUGCAUGAUAUUAGAAAUUAUCUCGAAUUUUCGUUUACCUAAAUUAUUCUUUAAAAUAUGCUAGAUGUCUGUGGUUAUAAGUACUUAAAAGUUAACAGCAUUUUCACUUUUCUUACAAAACAAGAACUAUUUAGAAAAUGCAAUGUAAGCUAUGGUGUAUUUUAAAUACAUUCUUUUAGUUAAAAAUAAUAUUGUUUGAAGUAAAAUAAUUAUAGGAUGUUUCGCCAUCUAGUAUAGAAUAGUAAGACUCGUAGUAAAGACUGCCGUUAUAGCGCCAUCUAUGGGAGAGUAGCUUACUUUCGGUAAUUUUGAAUGUCAUUUUGUUACUGGUUAGGCAUGUUCUCUAUCAAUUUUCAUAUUUAAUAAUUUUGAUAGAAUCGUUUAUAUUUUCGAUAAAAUGAAACAUAAUUAAAACAAAAACAUUUACAGUAAGGAAAACGGAAAUAAAUAAUGAUGACAAAAUAAAUUUUCUGUAUCACGCACUGUGUGAUAACAAUAAUAAUUUAUGAGUUUUAUCGCGUUAGUAAUAGAAUAGAUGAAUAAAACCCGAUAUUUCAAAUCUUUACUUCAUACAAAGUGUAUAACAAGUUAUCCGCUUACAAGGCCACGUGAAGUAAUCAGUAAAAGAGUUAUCAUUAAUUCUUAUCACAUUAAUAGCUACACAACAUCAUUACCUUUGUGCAAGUGUUUUCUUUCGAACCGGUUUGCUUUAUCAGUGGAGUCGAAUCUAUUGUUAAGAAUGUCAGCUACUUGGUCCAUGGGUCCUGGCACUUUAGAAGUGCCACUUUCUUUAUUUGCAACCAAUAGAAAAAGAUUGGCUGUAAAGUUAAAACCUGGUCAAGUGGUGGUUUUACAAGGUGGUGAUGAUAUAAACCUUUAUGAUACUGAUGUGCAGUACGUGUUUAGACAGGAAGCAUAUUUUACAUGGAUCUGUGGUGUCAGAGAACCAGGAUGCUACUUUGCACUGGAUGCAAGUACAGGAAAAGGAUAUUUAUUUGUGCCACGCUUGCCAGAAGAAUAUGAAGUGUGGAUGGGAAAACUUCUCAGUUGCCAUCAAUUUAAAGAAAUAUAUUCUGUUGACGAAUAUCGGAUAAUUUACUGUUUCAGCAGAGAAAAAGAAAACUUUAUUUCAAUUAUAUUUCAAUUUCAGAGUGGACCUAACACUGAUAGUGGACUCACUGCUAAGGAAGCUGUUUUUGAAGGUAUUGAUGAAUUCAAUGUGGAUAAUGAAAUAUUAUUCCCAAUCAUUGCAGAAUUACGUGUUAUCAAAACCCCAGCGGAGAUCGAAGUUAUGAAAUAUGUCUGCAAAAUAUCAUCGGAUGCCCAUAAACAGGUGAUGCUAUAUGCAAAGCCUGGUCUAAUGGAGUACCAAUGCGAGUCAGUAUUCUUGGACCACUGUUACCGUGUGGGUGGUUGCAGACAUGUGUCUUACACCUGCAUAUGUGGUUCUGGUGAUAAUGCUGCAACUCUACAUUAUGGGCAUGCUGGUGCACCCAAUGCGAAGAUAAUAGAGAAAGACGACAUGUGUCUAUUCGAUAUGGGCGGCAACUACGCCGGAUACGCAGCUGAUAUAACUUGUUCGUUUCCCGCCAACGGCAAGUUCACACCUCAGCAGAAACUCAUUUAUGAAGCUGUUCUCAAUGCUAGAGACGCAGUCAUUAGAGAAGCGAAGCCAGGUGUAAUGUGGGUGGACAUGCAUCUCGCCGCUAACCGCGCAAUGCUUGAACAUUUGAAACAAGGCGGUCUACUCAAAGGGGACGUGGAAGAAAUGAUUAAAAGCGGCAUUAACGGCAUACUGCAACCGCACGGCCUCGGUCACCUGCUGGGUCUGGACGUGCACGACGUGGGCGGGUACCUGCCCUCAUGCCCCCCGCGGCCCUCGCCCCCCCUCGCGCGCCUGCGCACCGCGCGCCAAUUGCAGCCCGGCAUGAUACUCACCAUCGAGCCCGGCUGCUACUUUAUACCGCGGCUUCUCCACGGCGCAAAGAAUAAUCCUGAUCAAUCUCGGUUCUUCAAUUGGGACGUUAUGGAGAAGUACAGAGGAUUCGGCGGCGUGCGUAUCGAAGAUGACGUACUUAUCACAGAAACUGGCGUAGAGAACCUCACAUUUGUGCCAAGAACUGUAGCUGAAAUAGAAGACUUUAUGGCAAAUGGUGCCAAUUUCAAAUGAAAACACUAUGGUAUAUUUAUGUAAUUAUUAUCAUUUAUUUAAUAAUUUUGUACAUUUGUAAUUUCUAUAAAAUAAAUACUUAUUAAUAUAAGGCAAAGAUUAUAUUUGUGUAAUAUAUACAAUGUUUUUAAUUUGUUACUAAACCAAGUG